ACUAAGGGUUUGACCUAAUGGUAAUACCAUUAGCAUAGAAACUAAAGGUCUCAAAAUCUAAUCUCUUAAAUAGUAUCUUAAUCACCAAAAAACUAAAACCAUGUAUCACCCUUAUCCAAAAAAAUUAUCCCUUUUUGAACUGCCAAACUUUUUAAAAUUUCACAACAUAGUUGCAUCCACCACAAAGGAGUAUGUUUCAUCAUAAUUAAUGUCAUGUUUCUACGUAAAUUGUGUUAUAUCACCUUGUGAGGAGGACGUGUAACACCCUAACCCGUCCGGGUACUACUUUUACCAAAAUAACUGAAAAUACUUGAGAAAAUAACGAAAACCUUUCAUAAAUAACUUUAACAAGUACUGAGAAUAAACUGUAAUUUCUUAAAACAAAGCCCUAACACUUGGGCAAACUCAAUCCUUAAAAUCUCAAAAGGAUCUCCAGUCUGUACUCAUAAUCGUAAGAUGUAACAACUCAUUAACCUAUAACGUUGCCACUUACUGAAAACCUUGACUAGGCAUCCCUCUACUCUCAUACCGUCCUCCUCUAGCUGGCUUCCAUGGAGCUGCUUCUCCCGAUCUCGCUGCUCUCUAACUACUCAUCUAGCUCUUCCUCUUCAAACUGGUGAGUGAGUUGGGGUCACUCUACGCCCUUACGUUUUAACAGUCAAGUACUUUAGUAUUUUACUUCAGACACUUAACUUAAACUGGUGGGAGUUGUUUGUACUUCCACUCUUAUAAAAAUCUUAACUCUUCAAACUGUAUGGGAGUUACUGUUACUCUCCCUUCUCAAAUCCCAAAUCUCAACUUAAAUACUUGACCGACACAGGGAUCCCUCACUAGCUAGUCCGAUUGCCCAACUCAUACGUAUGAGAAGCCCUCCAGGCUUUCAUUAAACUUAAACUUAUCGUGGAAGGCUCUUCUUCCACGAUUCUCAAUAGCAUAGCUACUGCUCAUCUUAAAAAUCUCAAGAGCAUAACUGCUGCUCAACUUAAAUAUCUCAAGAGCAUAACUACUGCUCUGUCUCAAAGAUCUCAAGAGCAUAACUGCUGCUCUAUCUGAAAAUCUCAAAUGGAAACGGACUAACGCUAGUGACUAAAAACACUUAAAACGACUUCACCUUCUUGAAGGUGAGUUACUUCUUAAAAAGAACUUGUUUCUUAAACUUUAACAAUAACUUAUACUCGUAAAAUUUCAAAGUAAAUAAUAAACAUUCACUUCAAGUCAUAAUUCAAACAAAGCACAUAUCAUCAAUUAUAAGCAUAAUCAAACAACGACAGUCACUUCAUUAAAAUACUUAAAACUCGUAAUACUUAAAAGAACACGUAAGGCGUACCCUUUACACUCACCUCAUUACAAUCACUCUGAAUUAAUAAGGGUUCCUCGUUUAGGUAUCCAUGAAAUUUCUAUCUCCUUUGCAACAUUCCAAAAGUUGCAUGUAAUUUCCAUUACAAUAAAAUCAGUUCCUUACGUACCAUAAUUCUCUCAUUCUUAAUCGUCAAUUAACCCUUCCCUCGAAUCAAUUCCCAAUAGCCACGUGAGUACCAUCCUUUGGAGUGGGAAAUUUAUUCAAAUUGACAAACCCAUUUACGUACAAAACAGCUAGCCAAUCAUGAACAUGCUUACCUUGCUAAUAAGGCCGCCAUGAUCUCCUCUUUCUCCCAUAUCCAAGUACUCGUCCCAUCAAACCGUUAGCAACCGAUUAUGUCCAACGCUUUUGUCGGUUGAGGAGAUUAGGUGGUCUGAAUCCACUCUAAGUUGCGGUAAUGGUUGGAAGUGAUGGAAACCAUACGGAUGGAGGCUGGAACUCUGGGGGUUCUCGAGGGAAAGAGGAGGGUCGACGGAGGGCUGGAUUUCCUGCUGCCUUUGGUCGCGCGGCUGUUGGCGAGAGCGUGGAAAAAUGUUGGGGGGUGGUGGCGAUGCCCGGCUGCUGCGGCUUCGUCGAUUCAUCUGUUCCUCUCAAACCAAUGCUUUCGUGAAUCCCCUUCGCUAAGCUCUCUCGCAAUCGCAUCCGGUUGCGACUGCGGCUGCUUAUUCUUGUUGUGGCAGGGUGAUAAAGUGAUGGUGAGGAGGGGAUUUUGUGAGCAGUCGAAUAGAAGGGUGGCAACUUUGCUUUUGGCUUUCCCUAUGGGAAUAGAGUGACUUUCUGAGUUGUUCUGCAGCUGUUUAGGGUUGCUUUUUACAUUUCUCUUAUGUGGAGAUGGGAGUAACCGAAGCAAUCACUAAAAGUGCCGGUUGAAAUAAAAAUUAAUGGUCUCAAUUACUCAGGUCUUGAUUAUAGGACAAGGAUUGGUUCGAUUCAAGUUUUAGUUCGUCGAUUCAAUUCAUACAUUUAUUAUGGGUUGAGUCCAAAUUGAAAAUCGGGGUGUUACAGUAGGUCUCCUCAUAAUUAAUGUCAUGUUUCCUUAUCAUUCUUUUAUAAAGUUUUUGGUUGACAUUGUGAGAUUUCCAAUGUGGUUUUUUUCAUCUUUCUGGCCUGCUUCAUGAGAGUUUAGGUGUGCAUGGUUGCACAAAUUUCUCAUCUGCUUCAGGGAACUUGUGGUCAGCUUUAUGAGAUUUUUUGUCUAUUCCAGAAAACUUGUAGUAAACUUUGUGAUGUGCU